GCCUGUCCCCUCUCGCUUCUCUCUGAUACCUCUGAGCUCACUGUCUUCUCUCCAGCCAUGAUUGCCAGACAGCAGUGUGUACGAGGCGGGUCCCGGGGCUUUAGCUGUGGCUCGGCCAUCGUAGGUGGCGGCAAGAGAGCUGCCUUCAGCUCGGCCUCCGUGUCUGGGGGUGCAGGACGCUGCUCCUCCGGAGGCUUUGGCAGCAGGAGCCUCUACAACCUUGGGGGGAACAAGAGCAUCUCCAUCAGUGUGGCUGGGUCCCGCCAAGGCGUUGGCUUUGGGGGUGCUGGAGGCUUUGGCGCCGGCAGCUUUGGUGCUGGUUAUGGCGCUGGCAGCUUUGGCGGUGGAUUUGGGGGCUCCUUCAGUGGGCGGGGUGGUGCUGGCUUUCCUGUCUGCCCUGCUGGUGGGAUCCAGGAAGUCACCAUCAACCAAAGCCUGCUGACGCCACUCAGUGUGGAGAUCGACCCGGAGAUCCAGAAAGUCCGGACCGAGGAACGUGAACAGAUCAAGACCCUCAACAACAAAUUUGCCUCCUUCAUUGACAAGGUGCGGUUCUUAGAGCAACAGAAUAAGGUCCUGGAGACCAAAUGGAACCUCCUCCAGCAGCAGACGACCACCACGUCCACCAAAAACCUUGAUCCCUUCUUUGAGACCUACCUCAGUGCCCUGAGAAAGCAGCUGGACAUGUUGGGCAAUGACAAAGGGCGCCUGCAGUCUGAGUUGAAGGCCAUGCAGGACAGCGUGGAGGAUUUCAAGACCAAGUAUGAAGAUGAGAUCAACAAGCGCACAGCCGCUGAGAAUGACUUCGUGGUCCUCAAGAAGGAUGUGGAUGCAGCCUACAUGACCAAGGUGGACCUAGAGGCCAAGGUGGAUGGACUGAAUGAUGAGAUCAACUUCCUGAGGGUCCUCCACGAGGCGGAGCUGGCCCAGAUGCAGACCCACGUCAGUGACACAUCUGUGGUCCUCUCCAUGGACAACAACCGCUGCCUGGACCUGGACAGCAUCAUUGCUGAGGUCCGUGCCCAGUAUGAGGAGAUCGCCCAGAGAAGCAAGGCUGAGGCCGAGGCCCUGUACCAGACCAAGGUCCAGCAGCUCCAGACCUCAGUUGACCAACAUGGUGACAACCUGAAGAACACCAAGAGUGAGAUUGCGGAGCUCAACAGGAUGAUCCAGAGGUUGCGGGCUGAGAUCGAGAACAUCAAGAAGCAGUGCCAGACUCUGCAGGCAUCUGUGGCUGAUGCAGAGCAGCGCGGGGAGCUGGCCCUCAAAGAUGCCUACAGCAAGCGCACAGAGCUGGAGGCUGCCCUGCAGAAGGCCAAGGAGGAGCUGGCCCGGAUACUGCGUGAGUACCAGGACCUCAUGAGCGUGAAGCUGGCCCUGGACGUGGAGAUCGCCACCUACCGCAAGCUGCUGGAGGGCGAGGAGUGCAGAAUGUCUGGAGAAUGCCAGAGUGCCGUGAGCAUCUCUGUGGUCGGCGGUGGUGCCAGCGUUGGAGGCAUUGGCGGAGGAUUAGGAAGCUACUCUGGGUUUGGCCUGGGUAGUGGGGGCUCAGGCUCUGGAAGUGGCUUUGGGUUUGGUGGCGGUGUCUGUGGCACUUCCAGCAGCAAGCUCAUCUCUACCACCUUGACCAAGAAAGCCUACCGAUAGAGGAGACGAGGUCCCUGCGGUCCCCUGAACCCAGCCAGGCCCAGCCCUGGUGUCUCUGCGCUUCCUUCACCUCGCCUCCACCCCGCCUCUCUGGGGCUCAUCUCACCAGUGUCACCUCCACUCCCCCCUGGGUUCUCUCUGCUCCAGGAUGAUCUUCUCUGCUGGGGUGUGAACUCUGCCCUCUUGGAGUUUGGUAGCUUCUUCACGAUUUGAGCCAGGUGACCCACCUGGAACGGGAGGGGUGUCAGCUGAACUUUCACUUCCCAUGGACAGAGGAGAAAAUGACCAGGAACUUCAUCUUCAGAAUUAUCAGGGUCGCAUAUGUCCCCUCCUAGUCCAGUGCCAUCUCCCACCAGAUCCUGGAUAUCCAUCACAUCAGAACCAAACUCAUUCUCCAUCACCUGGCAGCAACUAGCCCUGCAAGUCAGGACAAGAACCACUCAGUAUUCCAUUCAACUUUUCUCAUUCUUCUGUACAUCUUUGGGUGAAUCUUCAAUAAAAUGCUUUUGUCAUUCA